AUGUCUGCUCCACGAGCCGAUGCCCAGUGCGUCCAGGUCUACGGCCGAAAGAAGACCGCCAUCGCCGUCGCCCACUGCAAGGCCGGCCAGGGACUCAUCAAGGUCAAUGGAAAGCCACUCGACCUCAUCGAGCCACGAGCUCUCCAGUUCAAACUCCAGGAGCCUGCUCUCAUCAUCGGCAAGGAACGAUUUGCUGGUAUUGACAUCCGAGUUCGAGUGAAGGGUGGUGGUCGAGUCGCCCAGGUCUACGCCAUCCGACAGGCCGUCGCCCGAGCCGUCGUCGCUUACUACCAAAAGUACGUCGACGAACAAUCGAAACAAGAGAUCAAGGAUCUCCUCAUCUCUUACGACCGAUCGCUCCUCGUCUCCGAUCCUCGACGAAAGGAAUCGAAGAAGUUCGGCGGUCCAGGCGCCCGAGCCCGAUACCAGAAAUCUUACCGUUAA